AUGUACAGUAUUUCGCUACUUGACAUGUUUGUGUGCAAUUCAAACGAGCAAAACAUUUUCUUAAUAUCUUGUACAUCCGAAAAUCCAAAGAACAGCAGUCAAGAAAUAUCUGAACUUGAUCUAUUUCGAUAUUUACUCGGAGAAGAUAGUCAUUCGUGCAUCAGAGAAAUUCUGACAGAAAUCGACCUCGAAUCCAAGAUUGUUCAAGUGGAAACGCAUCGUCAAAGGGGUACGAAUAUUAAUCAAAUCGACUCAACUAAACCUUGCGUAGACAUUUUCGUGGUCUUCAAAACUGCUAGUGAAAAAGACGGAGAAUCCGAAUUCUGGUGGUCACUAGAAAAGACCGCGAGACACGCAGUCAUUCUGCAACGAUCCCGCCACAAAGAUGAAGUCAAGAAUAAAUUCAAAGGGGAAACGCGCGAAGGAACUCAACUCAUUGCCGAAAAAUUGAAAGGCAAAGGUUGUCUGAGAGAACUGCUAACAUUAUUGUGGAUUCACAUGAUUGUAGAUGCCAAAUACCAAUGGAACUUGUCUCGCUGCGAGUCGAUCAUGCCGCUAGUCGUGAUAAAAAUCACGAAAAUCGGUUACGAAUACGAGACAGAUUUCACCUAUUCCGCUCUGCCCACUGAAGAGAGAAACCCCGACUUGUCAGACAUAAUCAAUUUCCUUUUAAAUGUUUCCAAUUGGCAUCCGCUUGUCGUUGCAACUUAUCUGGGAGACGCUGAAUUACUCGACAGAGUCCAGCAAGACGGACAGUACAACAUCAACGGCCUCUACAACAACUUCACUCUGCUCAACCUGGCCAUUCUCUUUUCAAAAACUGAAAUGGUGCAACAUCUCCUGGGGAAAAUGAAAGUCGACCCCACUAGAUGCGACGAAAAGGGAAGGAACGCACUUCACAUGGCGGCAAAAUUCAACAGAGAAAAGAAAAUAAUAGAAUUAUUAUUAGACAAAAUUCCCAUUGACCAAUGCGACGCAACAGGAACGACAGCCCUCCACCACGCAAUCAUGACAUCCAACACCGAUAUCGUUAAAUGUCUGUUGGAUAACGGCGCUGAUCCCACAAAGAUGGACCGGAUUGGCCGUUCGCCACUUUGUGUGGCGGCAUCCUACGCCAGUGACACCAAGAUCGUCGAUUUCUUACUUCAGAAAGAGGAAAGAGUUGGCAUUAACGAUUGCGACAAAUUUGGCGUUACCGCCCUCCAUCAUGCCGCCAUGGCGUCCAACGUCACAACCGCUCGUCAACUUUUUGAAAGAGGAGCAGACGUUAAUUGCCCUGACAAAUUUGGUCGCACUCCACUUCAUCUGGCUGCCUUCUUUGCCAAGGACAUCAACAUCGUCAAUGUUUUACUAAACGACAAGCCAGUCGCCGUUCUGUCUUCAUUCAAAAAAAUCCUAAUAAUGCUACUAAUACUACUGGUGCUAUUAAUGCUACUUAUCUAUUACCUAGACCUGCCAAAACUUUACCCAUUUGGAAUAGAUUCCUACCUUACAAAAGACUUUAAUCUUUCUUAA